AGAUUUAUAGCCUGUAUUUACCGCUUCGAUUGGUCGAUCAGGCGCGUAUAAGCGGCGACGUCGACAUUUCCGACUGCACUUGAAAGCAGCAACAGUUGAAUCCUAAUUGGAGUCAGAUUUUCAGAGCGAGGAGUGGCUACUUCAACCCGAGACAGCGGAGUCAUCCUCCUCCACAAGGGCGAGGGAGUAGUUGGUUAACUGUAAACAUCUGAGUGAAAAGAUUAGUUUGGAAGCUUUUGAGUUGAUUAACAUUUCUUUUGAAGCUGGAGCCAUGUCUGUGGUGUAUUCGCGUACUUCAGUUUGAGGAUGGAGUCAUCAUGUCUGGACCUGGCUCUGGAAGGUGAGCGGCUCUGUAAGGCUGGGGACUAUCGGGCCGGUGUGUCUUUCUUUGAGUCUGCCAUCCAUGUUGGAACAGAGGACCUUCAAAUCCUCAGUGCCAUCUACAGCCAGCUGGGAAAUGCCUACUUUCAUCUACAGGAGUAUAAUAAAGCCUUGGAGUACCAUCGGCAUGACCUCACACUUACCAGAACGAUUGGAGAUGAACUUGGUGAGGCCAAAGCCAGUGGGAACCUUGGGAACACAUUAAAGCUUUUAGGACGGUAUGAUGAAGCAGUGGUUUGUUGCCAGAGACAUUUGGAAAUCACGAGAGCCAUAUAUGAUAAGGUUGGGCAGGCUCGAGCGCUGUAUAAUUUUGGGAACGUUUACCACGCCAAGGGCAAGAGCAUCUGCUGGACUGGAGCAGAGCCAGGAGAGUUCCCAGAGGAGGCCAGGAUAGCCCUAAGGAAAGCUUCACAGUACUAUGAAGCAAACCUGUCCCUGGUGAAGGAGUUAUGCGAUCGGGCAGCACAGGGCCGUACCUAUGGGAACCUUGGUAAUACUUACUAUCUGCUGGGAGAUUUUGAAACUGCCGUCGCUGCGCAUGAAAAGCGGCUACUCAUCGCUAAAGAGUUUGGGGAUAAGUCUGCUGAGAGGAGGGCCCAUUGUAACCUUGGCAAUGCUCACAUAUUCCUCAGCCAGUUUGAAGUGGCAGCGGGUCAUUACAAGAGUACUCUGCAGCUGGCCAGGCUUUUGAAGGACAGAGCAGUGGAGGCCCAGGCCUGUUACAGUCUGGGCAACACUUACACACUACUGCAGGACUAUAAAAGAGCCAUUGAUUACCACCACAAACAUCUGGUCAUCGCUCAGGACCUCAACGACAGAGUUGGUGAAGGAAGAGCUUACUGGAGUCUAGGAAAUGCCCACACUGCCCUGGGGAAUCACCAGCAAGCCAUGUACUUCGCUGAGAAACAUCUGGAAAUUGCCAAAGAGACUGGAGACAAAAGCAGUGAGGUCACAGCCAGGAUGAACUUGUCAGACCUUCGUCUGGUUGUAGGCCUGAAGUCCAACUCCAACAUCCACCCCAGCAUCUUUCGCAACCCAAAUACUAAUAGUUCCGCUCUGCCAGUAAGCUGCCAGGUUUACCCAAAUCUCUCAGGGGUGAAGUCUCCACCGAGGAUGAGAGAUAGUGCAGAGAACCUGGAACUGACUCAAAGUUUUGACAAAAACCAACCUGGAGAUUCACCAGCACCACCAGACUGGGAUGAGGAUGUUUUCCCUGGGUCUUCGAAAAACAACACAAUCAAGGCUUCCACUAAGCUCUUCCUCUUCCACCGACUGAAAAGCAAGAAGCACAAGAACAACAAGUCAUCUCCUAAAGAGCAACAUGAAAUCUGCACCAAGCACACAACUCCAGAGCUGGACACACCAGUGUCUAUUAAGCCAGGAUCAAGGGACACUAUUGGAGAGGACGGCUUUUUCGACCUCCUCUCCCGUUUCCAGGGUAACAGAAUGGACGACCAAAGGUGCUCUCUACUGGAUGGCCAGAGCCAUCUCCCUGCCCAUUCCUCUCCCUCCUCCACCCCACCUGUAGCAGAGAGGAAAUCUAUUUCGGAGUGCGAAAUACCAUUGCAGGAUCCUGGUCAUUUCCUGGAGCUGCUGGCCAGCUCCCAGGCCCGUCGUCUGGACGACCAACGAGUCAGCAUGAGCCAUUUUCCUGGCUUACGUCUCAGCACCUCCAGCCCGCCUCGUACACCCUCCACCUCCAGCACAGACCAAGUCCCCCCACAAGCCCCAAUCUCCAGUACAGAUACCCCUCACACACCCUCCCUGUACAGUUGCCUCGAGGCCAGCACUGAGCAGCCUGAGGGGGACGAUGUCUUCUUCGACAUGCUAGUUAAGUGCCAGGGCUCCAGACUUAACGACCAGAGAUGUGCUGCUCCACCUUCUACAACUAAGGGACCAACUGUUCCAGAUGAGGAUUUUUUCAGUCUCAUCCUGCGUUCUCAGUCCAACAGGAUGGAGGAGCAGCGAGUCCUGCCGCCCCCUGGCAUUACCCAAGCCAAACCAGACUGACUCCACGGAGUGAUUUGUCAUCUUAUCUCUUUUGUAAGCCACAAGUCAUUUGAUUCCUGCCUUUUGGGAUUGUCCUGACAACAUUCCUGUGAGACUGCCAAGAAUACAAGGAACUCUUUAAGGACUUAGGCUUUCAAAUAUUAAGAACUGGUCAUUGUGACUGUAAAAUCAUGGGAAAUUUAGGUUUUGAAGACUUAUAAACUUAUUUUUAGAUAACUUACAAGGUCUAUGGGUAGUCACUACCUUAGUUUUUAGUGGUGACCCCUGCUGGCUGCAUUUAUGAGAGAUCUCAAUACAGAUUAUGUCUGUCCGCUCUGGAGGCUUGCAUCAAGUCGCUCAUAUAAAUUGUGGUUUAGGGUUGUUUAUUUGCUUGGACUAAGAGCAAUGUAAUCCAGGACAAAAGCCAAACUGAACGGAUUUCUGCUUCAUGAUGAUGGACAAGAGACAUUCUGUGGCCCUCUCUGAGACGUUCUGCAGUUAAGCAAAGUUGAACAUUGCAUGGCUUGGUUUGGAUUGACCCCAGGCCUCUAACAAUAACUCAUCACAGAGGGUCAAGUGACAAGUCAUCUUUGGUUAACAUCCAUUGCUACUGCUACACUGAUGACAAGUGGAGCCAUUUAUGGAACCUGGUUCUGGAUAUUGCUUUUAAAGACUGUCAAUUUUACAUUGUUAAAAGGUUGCACGGGUGGAACAUUACUACCAUGAACUGAAAUGGGAUUUUUCUUCUUUGUAACAAGAAGAUUUUACAGGUGAUUAACUUGUGUGAGCAAAAAAAGAAAUGUUAUUUUAGCUUUUAUAUUAAUACAUUCUCCUGACUUGGAGAAAUAAAGUCUCAUGAAUUUACAGCUUA